AUAGGACAAAAUUCUCUAGGUCCGAUCAAAGAUGGUGCGCUUAGCAUUCUUUAUGGCGCGCGGAGAAGACCUGAAUUUCUAUCAAGUCAAAGCAGCCUAAGAUAGUAAGAUCUGCCCAUCCAAAUUAUUACGGUCUAUGCAAACGGCAACUCUGAAAUUGGGAUUGCUUAAGAUCGGAGCAAAAACAGAAUCAGCCCCAAUCAUAAAUCAGCUAAGCAACGCCUCUACCUUUCCGCCUCUUCGGAUCGCAACUGUCACAGAGACGAGAGGCGAGCUCAACGCACACCGCCAUCAGUAGAACAAUCGGAUUUCGGCCGCGCUACUCAUCCAUCCAGCCAGCCCCACAUAGUUUAAGGUCCAUUUUACACCGCUGCCAACACACUAUAAGGAGAUGGACAAGGUGAUGAACAUAUUGAAGCCAAAGCCGAACCCUCAACAAACUUUGAGGGAUUGGCAGCGUAAACUUCGCCAGGAGUGUCGCAACAUCGAACGGCAAAUCCGAGAUAUAGAGAGGGAAGAGAAGAAUGUACAGAAAGCAAUCAAAGAAGCUGCAAAGCGAAAUGACAUGAAUUCUGCUAAGGCACUUGCAAAGGAAAUUGUGAGAUCUAAAAGGACCGUGAACAGGAUGCAUGAGAAUAAGGCACAGCUUAAUUCAAUAUCUAUGCACCUUGGAGAAAGUGUUGCCAUUGCUCGCACAGUGGGACAUUUGUCUAAGAGCGCCGAAGUAAUGAAGCUUGUGAAUAAUCUUAUGAAGGCACCUGAAGUGGCUCGUACAAUGCAAGAAUUCAGUAAAGAAAUGACCAAGGCUGGGGUGAUUGAAGAGAUGGUGAAUGAUGCAGUGGACGAUGCUCUGGAUACCGAAGACAUAGAGGAUGAAACCGAAGAAGAAAUUGAGAAAGUGUUGACUGCAAUUGCUGGUGAGACUGCCGCAUCACUUCCUCUUGCCACCAGAAAGGAAAAGUUAAAGCAAUCAACAGAAGAAGAUGCAGAGGGUGCCAACGACGAGGAGUUAGAAGAACUUAGAGCACGCCUCGACAAAGUCCGGUCUUAACUUUCACCAUGUAAUCAUUUUUUUAAUUCCCCAUGUAUUAGAGAUAUUUUGCCCCUUUUGAACACCAGAAAAUCAAUAUUUUACCAUGUUUUCCUCCUCCAUGUAUCCAUGGGCCCAUGGCAUUGCUGACCUAGUGACCUCUGUUGUAACGAAGCUGCAUUGAGAGCUUCUCUUAUGUAUAUAUUUCCCCAAGACGUACUUGUUUGCAUAUACUUUGUGCUCACACACUAUGAUUGUAAACGAACUAAAUUGAAGCAAAUACACAAAUUAUUAUUUGUAUA